AUGCCGCGACUGACGCCACAGGAGAUCGACGCCUACCUUGCGGGCCCGCACGUUGCCCACUUCGCCUCAAUUCGCGAAGACGGUUCUCCCCACGUUUCGCCCGUAUGGUACCAGUGGGAAGACGGAAAAGUAACCGUGGUGUCGGGCGACGCGGCAGUCAAGACCAGGAACGUGCGGCGCAACCCCAGGGUGGCCCUCUCCGUAGCCACCGACGAAUGGCCGUAUCAAUACGUCAUCCUUGAGGGCGACGCCACGGUAAGCAACGACAAUCUCAAGGACGCGGUGCGCCGGAUUUUCUCCAGGUACGAAGGCGCGGAACGAGGCGAGCAGGACGCUGCCGACCUGGCCGAGGGCGACCAGAAACUGGUUGCCAUUGAGAUCGACCUCGGGAUCGCCAAUACCGUCCUGUUGGAAAGGGACGUGCUCGGCUCCGGCAGUACCGGCCGCUCCCAGGCCAUCUGCCGCAUGCACUACUCCAAUCGGAUAACCACGCAACUUGCGUGGCAGAGUUUGCAGGUCUUUGCCGACUUCGACGCCCGCGUCGGUGGGCGUUCCGGCUUCGUCCAGACCGGCUAUCUGGUGGUGGUCAACGAGGCCGACCAGGGCGGCCUGGAACGCAACGUCGCCAUGCAUCAGGAAAUGGGCGUGCCCACCUCCGUGGUGUCCCCAGACGACCUCGCCAAGUUGGCUCCCAUGGUGACGCUGUACGACGACGAGCGAGCCGCCUGGGAACCCAAUUCCGGCUACGCCGACCCGUACCAGGUCACCGUAUCCUAUGCCGCCCGCGCCCGGGAAGCCGGCGCCGUGAUCGCCUCUCGCAACCCGGCUGCCGGUAUCGAUACCGCCUCCGGCCGAGUGCAGAGUGUCGUCACCGCCGCGGGCGACCGCGUCGCCACCGAUACGAUCAUUGUCGCGGCCGGCCCCUGGUCCAAACAGAUCUUGGCCGGCGUCGGAGUGGACGUACCCCUGCUUCCGGUGCGCCACCAGGUUGCUACCGUGGCCCGACCUGUCGAACUCGUUCCCCAGCAUCCCACCGUUGGCGAUAUCAGCCAGUCCUUUUCCUUCCGGCCUGACGGCUCCAACUUCACCACGAUGGGUUUUGGCGACGAUGAGGAGCAAUCCGAUCCCGACGCAUACCCUCAGGGAAUCGAUCCGUCUGCCGCCGCCUCCGCCAGGGAACGGUUGGCCCGCCGUAUCCCCAGCAUGUCCGACUCCUACUACCGUGGCGGAUGGUCCGGUCUGUUCACCACCACGCCGGACUGGCAUCCCAUCCUGGACAGCGUGCCCGGAGUUGAGGGUCUGUUCUGCGCGGUGGGUUUCAGCGGGCAUGGCUUCAAGCUAUCCCCCGCGAUCAGCAAGGCGGUAGCCGAACUGGUGGCCGAAGGCAAAGCGCGCGACGUCGACCUCUCCCCGCUGCGGUUCAACCGCUUUGCUGAAGGCGACCUCCUGGACUCGAGCUAUCGCUAUCGAGUACUGGCCUGA